ACUGGUAUGGUCCAAAGUGGGAUGGGUUGCCUUUUCGUCUCAUCAUCCUCUUGAGAAUCUUCUGAUGGAGUUUUGGUUCCUCACAUGUUUUUCUCUAGAAGGUUUUAGCAGAAAGCUUACCCACCUUUACUGCAGUAUACAGGGGUUGGACAAUGAAACUGAAUCACCUGGAUUUAGACCACAAUAAUUUAUUGUUGUGACGAACAGUUCUGGUGGAAACCGAGAGUUGAGCUGCACAUUGAAUUCUGCUGUGAUUUGGGCAGCCGUGGUUUUAUGUUUUUGGAGACAAUCCGGGUAAGCACCCGAACAUCCCUUUCAGACAGCUUCCUCUUGCGUCCACAGUAAAUCCUGUUGGAUGUGGUUGGUCCUUCUUGGUGGUAUGCUGACAUUACCCUGGAUACUGUGGCUCUUGAUACAUCACAAAGUCUCUACUCUUCUGGGAAAGCCUUACUUUUUGCUUUAUUAGAUGUUGGAACAUUGCUGUGAGUAGGGUUUGAUUGCUAUCAGCACAUUUUAAACAUCUUGGCUGAUCAAUUGUAUUUGGGGUAAGAGUAAAGCUCUAAAUCAGAUGAAUUUGCUGAACUUUUACUUCAGAAGAAAGAGCCUGUUAAAGUGGGGAAGGGUAGUGGGUGAGAGAGAAAGGGAGAGAGAAAGAGAGCAUUAAGUGGGGUUAUAGGAGUAAUAGCUGGGCGGGGAGUGCUCUGUAUAGAAGCUGUAGUGAAGUUGGCACAUGGUGAAGCUCAGAUGGACUUUAGGACGGAGAGAAAGUGAAGGUUCACAGAAAGUUCCGGGAAUCAUUCCGAGUGGACGAGCGAGGACAUGGUGCACUGGAGAUACGGGGUUUUUCUGAAAAACUUAAGGAUGACAAUUUAUUGGAAACUCUGACCAACUGCUUGAACUAAAGCUCUUUUAGAACCGAAUGAAGAAGCAAUUCAGGAAGUUUUGAGGGUUUUCCCACUUUUAUUCUCUGACGGAAUCUUCUGGAAAAGCCGAAGAUGGUGAUUUAAUGGAAAAUCUGAUCAUCUGUUUGAGCAAAACCUUUCCGGGACUCAUUUAAAGACCAGCCGGACGAUGGUUAGAGCUUGUUAAGAUUAACUUUUAAUGCUAAUACUUGAGCUAAAAUCCAAUCUGCACCACAAUUAGUAAAUUAGAAAAAAAUUAGAAUGCUAUCAAUAAAACUGGUUGAAAAACUAUCUAAUUGGAAUGAUACUAAUGAAACUAGACCAAAAUCUAAAAAGAAGUGCUUUGAUAUUAAUCUGGUCUUAAAUCCAGUUCAGAAUACUGUUACUGAAACUGUGUCACAAUCUGGUUUGGACUGCUGUCAUUGAAAUUGGAUCAAAAUCCAGUGCGGUUGUUGAUUAAUGUAAAUUGAAUAAAAAUCUGUUUCAACUGCUGUUAAAGACACUGGAUUAAAAUGCUAUUUAUGAAACUGGAUCAAAUAAAACUGGAUUUAUUUGGAUUGCUUUUAGUUAAUCUGGAUCAAAACCCAGAUUGAAUCACAACCGAUAAUACUUAAAAAAAAUAGUGUGGCCCCAUUCAGACUUCUACUAAUGAACUGAUUUGAACUUUUUUUGAGACUGAUCUUAAAUAGAGCUGACCUGAAAUUGGAUUCCUGUGGAAGGAAGAACCGGUUUAAAAACCGGUUUGGACUGUAAAUAACGGGUAUAAUCAGCAGUUGUGUGAUGAUGCACUGAUGCAGGGUAUGGAGCUGAUGGCCGUGGGCGUAGUCAUCGUCCUGUUCUACCUGGUUCUGAAGCAGUUUGGACUGUGGGAGCCUCUGUCUCUGGAUGACAGCAGUGAUGGGGAGCUGGAGCUGUCGAUGGUGAGACACCAGCCGGAAGGUCUGGAGGAGCUGCAGGCUCAGACCCAGUUCACCAGGAAGGAGCUGCAGUCUCUCUACAGGGGCUUCAAAAACGAGUGUCCCAGUGGGUUGGUUGAUGAGGAAACCUUUAAGACCAUCUACUCCCAGUUCUUCCCUCAAGGAGAUGCGACAACAUAUGCUCACUUCCUCUUCAAUGCCUUUGAUGUGGACCGGAAUGGCUCCAUACGUUUCGAGGACUUUGUGAUUGGUCUGUCAGUUUUGUUGCGCGGGUCUGUAACGGAGAAACUGCGCUGGGCCUUUAAUCUGUACGAUAUUAAUAAGGAUGGAUACAUCACUAAAGAGGAAAUGCUGGCCAUCAUGAAGUCCAUAUAUGAUAUGAUGGGGCGCUACACUUCCCCCAGCGUCAAGGAGGACGCUCCGUUCGAACACGUGGAGAAAUUCUUCCAGAAGAUGGACAGGAACAGAGAUGGCGUGGUGACCAUUGAGGAGUUCAUCGAGACGUGCCAAAAGGACGAGAGUAUAAUGAGCUCCAUGCAGCUGUUUGAGAACGUUAUCUGAACUUCGCUGGAUGUCCGAAGUGUUUUCCCUCCAAGUGGAGCUGUUGGAGACCCCAACCCACUGGGGAUUUCCCACUGCAUGAGAAUGAAGAUAAAGAAUAAAAUGAUACUUUGUUUGAAAAUUAUAUCUACAGAUUUCCUUAAACAGCUAAAAAUUGAACGACCUUCAGUUUUACCUAAUGCUAAUAUGGCUAAAAUGUGAUGGAUGCUAAUGUACACCAGUUAGCAUCAUGCCAAAUAAUAAAUACACCAGAGCUACAAAGCUAAUUUAUAUUUAAUAUUUAAUUUAUACAUAAUAUAAUUAUGAGUGAAUAUAGUUAUUAACAAUGCUGGCAUACUUCAAUCUAUAUUCUAGAUUCUGUAUAACAGUUUAGAGUUUUAACUACAAUAUCAGGAUCUACAUAAUCAAUUGUAAAAAAAAAACUAGAGUUUAGUUUCUGUAGAAACUCCACUGCGAGUGUGAUUGCAGUGCUGAUUAUUUAGGGGGACAAAAAACAAGAGAUGUAAAAAAAAACGACAAAUAGAGGAGUACAUCAAGUUUGGUUGAUUUAGGAAUACAGAAACUUUGUGGCUUGAUCGUAUGUGAAAAUUAAUGGGAGUAAGUAAGAGCAAGGAGGCAUGAAAAAAACAAAAGGAUUUCCAAGCCCAAUGCAUGUUUUAGAGUUGGAAUGUAGUCAAUAUCUCCUACUGCAAUCACACUAAUUUACUCCAAAAUUUUACCACAGUGUGUCAAUUUGAAUUUGCAGUUAGCAUCAUGCUAAGUGGUGGCUUAUUAGCUUUCAUUGCUUCCUUUGCUAAAUAGCAAUAUUACUGUUGUAGCCCUGGUGCGAAUCUAAAUAAAUAACCUUUAGGCAUUCAAAUAUUUAAACUAAUAAAUUAUGGGAUGGAUUUUAGGCUCCUUAUUAUUGUAUAUAAGCUUCUAGUUCUAUCGGUUAGUUAACUAGCUGCAUUAGCUUCAGUGCUAAAUCUGAAGAAACAAACCACACUAGUCAUGUUAAAUUGACUAUUUGAAGUAAAUGGUGGAAUAUAUGAUGUAUAUAAGACUUUAUUUGAACUAUCACUUUAACAUAAGGAAGAUGUUUUGGGUUCCACAGAGACUAAGAUGUCAGUACGCUGUUAGCGGAUGCUGUUAGCAGUUGCUAGCUGUGUGUUUGUAUAUAUCUGUAAAUACUGAGAUUAUCUGGAUGUAUAACAUCAAAUAAACAAGCGAUUGCAUGCUU